AUGGGAAGCUGCUCGUCAUGCUGUGGCGGUGGUCGCCGACCUCAAAAAGGCGAACGUGAACCGCUGCUGCCAAAGGUUACCGAGUAUGUCCCACCUAAGUCGGUGUGGGACAAAUCGGCAGAUGCUUUAGGCGCGCUCGCUGCCGGGAAAAUGCCAACCCAGCGCCAAUUGGACUCUGCGUUGAGUGCACUGCUGUCUUCUGAUUUGCUCAAAGUUAGCAAUACAGCGAGUGGUGCUCUCAGUGCCCAUGGGCGAGCGUUGGUAUUGGACAUUCGCAAGAUCGUGGAAGCAAUCGCUAGAAUUGGGCUUGAGAAGAACUCCGAUGAUCUCAUACAAGAUAUCAUAUGGCAAUAUCGUUUGAUGAGCUCGGCACCGAUCCAAGUCGAUGCCAACUGGCACAAUCAAAGCAAACUAGAUAUCAAUCUGAACGGUGCGGCCGGCCACCUUGGCGAAAUCCCCACAAUCGAUCAGUCCGAGCUGACGGAUGACUCGCUCGCCUUCGCUGCCUCGCUUCGCACGCUCCUGUCACUUGUUCUGACCUCGUCUGGAUUUCGACUUCUCAUAUCUGAUAUUCUUAUCACAACGAGGCAGAUGUUGGCUGACACUGCGUCUGAUGUAGCUGCAGUUGCAGCUUAUGUUGAAACUCGGGCUGAAAACAUUGAGCAGACUAUUCGGCCCGGUGAAGGUGAAGGCGACAGAGAAAUAACGGUGGAAGAUGCUGCGAAGCAGGUCGAAAAGAUUGACGAUGCUGUUAAGGAAGACCUUGAAAAGGCUCGAAAGGAGGCAGAGCUGAAAAAACACGUCAUCGAGGAAAGGCUCUCCGAGGAAUCACCGGACAGGAUUAAACAGACCAUCAUGGAAAGAGUUGAAGCUAUUGUCCAACAAGCUCAAAACGAUCCGGCCUACAGGACCGCCAGUUCUACUGUUGCCGCCGCCCAAUCCGCAGUCGCGGACUCAACGGUCGAGCCAUCGGCAUCUGUGGAUCCGGUCAUCGAGAGCGACCCGCACUUGAAGAAACUUCUGCAGGAUGCUUGCACCUUGCUCGAACGCUUCGCAGGUGGUUACAGUCUUUCUCCAAUGGUCAAUUCAAUGAAGCAAUUCCUCCACCAUCUUUCCAUUGACGAAACGAGCGGAGUUUCGGACCUUCUUCGUGAUGCUAGGAAAUGGCUGAACAAGGCACUUGAGACCCCAGGCUGGUUGACUACGCACGAUGCACGUAAGGAGUUGGAUCAACUCUACGAUCGCACCAAGGGGAUCCUCGAUAGCACACCUCCCUGGCGUGCAGAUCUCCAACGUACAUCGGCGGAAGCGAGUGAACUAUCCGAUCAUCUGAAACGAGACGCUGCGACACAACAACUGCUCGGGGCCUUUGACGCUCUGGGUACACAUACGCGUGCAUUUGGAGCACAGUCAGUUCGUAGCAUAGGAUUGCGACAGAUGCGUGCAGAGCUUUGGAGGGACGCUAUAGGGUGGCUCCUUCCUCGCAUCUUAGCCAUACUCAAAGCGGUGCCUUUGCCUCGGGUAGAACUCAAAAGCGACGCGCUGGACGCUGUUGUGGACGACGUUACUUUCAGGGCACCAUCCUUCAUGCCUGACCACGUGCGGGUCGAAAACUGGAGUGAGGUGAGAGUUAGGGGGAGUGAUGCCGCGGCUGAGGACAAUAACGGAGGGGGGAGAGAUUGGGUUGUUGAAGGAGAUAGCAUGGUACGGCUCCAUAUCGAUGGGUUGCGAAUCACUGCGAACGAUAUUGCUUAUUUUUUCCAUCUCAAAACCGCACUACUGGGUUACCGCGAUAACGGGCUGCUCAGUGUUGAUGUUGGUCACGAGUCCGCUGUGGGGCAAGGAGUGAAUUUAGACGUGGCGCUCGAGACCGACCUUGAUCCCUCUGCACAUGCCGCCAUCGUUCCCGAGUCAGAUGAUCCGCCCCCUUCAUUCUUCCGAGUCAAAUCAGCGACCGUUGACGUCCCUGGUCUUGAUUUCACACUGUCUCGCACUCACCACUGGAUAUUGAAUGCCUUGAUCCAGCCUUUCCUUGGGCCCAUCGUGCGUACUGGCAUGCGUAUGGCGCUUUCCCAAUCGGUCAAGGGGGGCUUGCAAGCACUGGAUCGAAAGUUAGGCGAGGUGUAUGCGCAGGCCAAGGCCAACUCCUCGAGCUCACAGGAGCAUAGGAAUAGUAACGAAGCCGAACCUGGAUUUUGGGACUGGUGGAAUGCACUUCUAAAGGGCCAGGGCACAACAUUCCAUGAAGACUCUGACGAAGAGGGAUCAAUCGACGAAGACGGGCAACUCGAGCCACAAACCGAAACACAAGUGACAAUGAAGGGUGUAAUUAGGACAACCCAUCAACCCGCGACGGAUACACAAGCCGAAUCCGAAACAGUUCUAGCCGUUGGGGUAGGUGAACAGAUAUUACCCGGACUUGGCGGCCCCGAGAACGGAAGCAACGUGCCGGAGAUUGCAGAGAGAGCUAGGGAUGCUAUUGAUGACGUACAGAAUAUUGCCGAGGAUGCGACUAACCGUGUGGCAGAAGUAGAGAAUGACGCCAGAGCCGCCGCAGGGGAUGCAAGGGAUAAAGCUGCCAGGGCGGCAGAACGGAUGGAAGAGAGGCGUGACGCGGAGCGGCGCAGGAAGGGGUGGAAGACCAAGGCUUUCGAUCUCUGA